AUGAAGGUUUCCAUCGUCCUUGUGCCCCUCCUUGCCGGGCUCGGAUUGGCAGGCCCCAUGCGCAAGAGAGACGAGCAUGUUGCUGGUGUUACGGAUGUUGCGAACAGCAUCAAUGGCGCUAAGAGCAUCGACAGCAUUGACAGCAUCAAUGUUGCUCGCAGUAUCGAUGGCACGGACAGCAUCGACAGUAUUGACAGCAUUGAUAGCAUCGACAGCAUCGACAGCAUUAAGCGCAGGAGUAUCGACAGCAUCAAUGGUGCCAAGAGCAUCAACAGCAUCGACAGCAUCAAUCGUGCUCGCAGUAUCGACGUUACGGACAGCAUUGACAGUAUCAAUGGACGAAGCAUCGACAGUAUCAAUGCUGCCAACAGUAUCGAUAGCAUUGGUAGCAUUGACAGCAUCGACAGUAUCAAGGGAAGAAGCAUCGACAGUAUCAAUGCUGCCAACAGUAUCGAUAGCAUUGGUAGCAUUGACAGCAUCGACAGUAUCAAGGGAAGAAGCAUCGACAGUAUCAACGGUGCCAACAGUAUCGAUAGCAUUGGUAGCAUCGACAGCAUCAACGGUGCUAAGGUUGCUGACGUUGCCGACGGUGCCAACUAA